GCGAGAAAAAAAAAAUGCAACCUCCCAAAAUAAAGAGCAAAGAUUGCAUUAGGAGCGAACAGCGCUGCAGAUAUAGAUGGCAGCUUCGUGUCAGUGAGUUUGCGUCCCCUUUCCUGAUCCACGAGCUGGAGUGAUUAGAGCCCUGGAAGGGAAUCGUUACUCCCGUGAAGUCCCCUUUUCCUGGCAGUCAUCUGCACUGUACACGCUGGAUCCCUCGCUCCAUCCACCCCACUCACUCGCUCCUCUCUCACCUCCUCUCUCCCUCUCUCCUGCAUUGAUUUUUUUUCUCUCCUUUUUUUAGUUGACUGAAACAAAACAAAACAAGGGCCACUGGAUGUCUGCCUUCUUGGGGGGUGAGCCAGACAGACUGACAAACAAACAGACCCAGCUGAGCUCGGGGGAGGGUUUCUCCUCCGGUUUUGCCCGGCAGCAGCAGCAUGGACGUGUUGGCUAGUUAUAGUAUAUUCCAGGAGCUACAACUUGUCCACGACACCGGCUACUUCUCAGCUUUGCCAUCCCUGGAGGAGACCUGGCAGCAGACAUGCCUUGAGUUGGAACGCUACCUCCAGACGGAACCCCGACGGAUCUCGGAGACCUUUGGUGAGGAUUUGGACUGCUUCCUCCAUGCCUCUCCUCCCCCGUGCAUUGAGGAAAGCUUCCGGCGCUUAGACCCCUUGCUGCUCCCAGUGGAAGCCGCCAUUUGUGAGAAGAGCUCUGCUGUGGACAUUCUGCUCUCUCGGGACAAGUUGCUAUCUGAGACCUGCCUCAGUCUCCAGCCAACCAGCUCUUCCCUAGACAGCUACACAGCCGUCAACCAGGCCCAGCUCAACGCAGUGACCUCAUUAACGCCCCCCUCCUCCCCUGAGCUCAGCCGCCAUCUGGUCAAAACCUCACAGACUCUCUCAGCCGUGGAUGGUACAAUGACGUUGAAACUGGUGGCCAAGAAGGCUUCCCUCAGCUCAGUGAAGGUGGGAGGGGUGGCGGCGGCCGCAGCCGUGACACCAGCUGGCGCAGUUAAGAGUGGACAGAGCGACAGUGAACAAGGAGGGGUAGGGGCUGACACGUGCCCCGAAAACAAGAAGAGGGUUCACCGCUGUCAGUUUAACGGAUGCCGGAAAGUUUAUACAAAAAGCUCCCACUUAAAGGCCCACCAGAGGACUCACACAGGUGAGAAGCCUUACAAGUGCUCAUGGGAAGGAUGUGAGUGGCGUUUUGCACGGAGCGAUGAGCUCACAAGGCACUACAGGAAACACACAGGUGCAAAGCCCUUUAAGUGCAACCACUGCGACAGGUGUUUCUCCAGGUCUGACCAUCUUGCUCUCCAUAUGAAGAGACAUAUCUAAACAAAACAACAAACAAGAGUCAACAACAACAACAAAAACAACAAAACACCAUAAAGGCCAGAGCUGCCAUGGCAUCAGCCAAUGUGCGAAGGAAAUGCCCUGAGGCAGAGGGCUGGACUUCAGGCGGGGAGCACUGCCUCGCAGAAGAAAGUUCUCGCUUACAAACCUCUGUGUACAUACAUGUACACGCACACAUACACACACCCUCACACACAGACCCACACACAUACCCACUGUCAUGCACUCAACUAUAUUUAAAGUAUAUAUGUGUAUUUCUUAUGCCUUGCCCUAGCCAGACGGUAGAAAACGAGGAAGAAGGAAGCCAGGUGAACUCAGCAAGGCGCUGGCUGC